AGUCAAUGAUGGUUCGAGAUGUGGUUCGCGAUUGCUUGGAGAAGGACGCAGCAGAACGAACGGAAAAUGAUAUUGGUAAGCUACGAACACAUCGAAGGGAGGCCAAUGGGGUUGGGAGUGUAAUAAACAGUAAAGUCUAUAUGGGGGGUCAGGUGUCAAAAGUUGUCUGUUUGUGUGUCUAUAGUACUUAAUCAUUAAAAUCAAUAAGUAUGAAAAUAAAUUGCAAUUAGUAAGAAAACUGAAUUUCCAUACUAUUUCCAACGAAGAUCCAUAGCUACUAUUUCCACAGUAAGGAUUUUGAAAACAAUUUCCAGUGAUAUAAGAUUGACUGGAUCACUAGGGAGACUCUCUCCUCCGCAGAGCCUCCUUUUACAUGUAAGUAUUUACAAAUAACUUACAUGAAGUUUCCUGAAUAAAAGUGAGCGCGCGCGGUGUGAUGGGAAGAUUGAAAUGAAGUUGGGAUUAAGAGGAUAUUUAUAAUUCGAUAGCUCGUAUCCAUUGAUAUUCCUUUGCAAUUUCUCAAUAUUUUUCGAUGCAAAUGGACAGAAGAAGAUAUUGAUAUUGAAUUCACCCCAGGAUACUCAAGUACGCCUGAAAAUGAAAGUCGAAAACAUGUUUUAACACCCUCGAUGGUUGAUCGAACUUCGCUACAAACGAUUAUAUACGACGCCUUAUUGAUUGCAUUAACUCGCAGAGGCUUCCUUUAUUUAGCUCUUCCCAUCACUCCUUGCGCGCUCACUUUUCACUCACUAGAAACUUCAUGUAAGCCUCUGCGGAGGAGAGAGCUAGGGAGAAGUAUUUAGGACAGGUAGACCUACUUGUAUCUUUAUAAAUAUAUUUUGUUCUUUCUAUCUGUCUGUCAGGGAGGGGGAGUCGCGUAACUCGCGUUUCCUUCAAAAAUUCUAUUUUGUUCAUGCAAAUGCCUCAAUUAAAGGACAUUGGCAAUAAAAAAUUAGUUUAGUUCAUUUGAAAGAACUCUUAAAACUAUAUAUUAAACUCUAUUACAGAUUGUUUAUAUCUUGCUUAGUUUUCAAAAUAUUUCGACUGAAAAAAGUGAGCUGUUCACCAUCUUGGAUUAUUGAGGAUAUGCAUGUUACGUCAAGAGAGGGGUCACGCUAAUUUUUUAUCUUGAGAGUAAGCGAUCAAUAUGGGUCCAAAAGUUCGUUUCUGGUUGCUGUCAGAAAUUUAGAAAUGAUUAAAAACAUUUCAAACAAUUUUGGAUUGUUAUUCGAUCAUUUUAGAGUAGUUUUAUAUGGUUAACCCAACUCCUGACGUCAUCAAAACCAUAGUUAAUGAGGUAAAGAAUUUUUCCAAGGUGGCGGAAAGCUCAUUAAUUUCGGUCUAAAUAUUUCGAGAACUAAGCAAGAUAUGACAAAUCGGUAAUAGAGUUUAAUAUAUAAUUUUAAGAGUUCUUUUGAAUGAGACAAACUAUUUUUUUUAUUGCCAAUGUCCUUUAGGGACCGGUCAUAAAAUAACUGCUAGGGUGGGCUGGAGUGAUUUGGGAUGGGUCAUGGAAAAUCUUUGGGCAGUUUCGAUGGGCGGCAAUUUUUUUUUGUAUGUCCACGGUUGGGCCACCAAACAAAAAUCCAUGCAUGUCUACUUCAAAAAAUAAAGAUAUUAAUAAUAAAAGUAAACAAAACUAUAUCCAAAUUAUCAAACGCAAAUUAUGCUAUUGAAGCCAGUACUCUGUUUAUGCAACAAGAAGUGGUCGAAUCAUAGUAAAUACAACCAACUGGAGAGCAGCUCAGUAUCAAUGUGUUGGUCAAACUUGGUGGAAUUAUGUAUGUCAAUACAGUGCCGUGUACAUUUACAAUGUUCAUACCUGCAAGUUUUUUUAUUAUAAAAGUAUAUUUUUCCAAUUUAGAUUGGGUGGGUCAUGAAAAUUUUUUUUGUAAGAUUAGAUGGGCUUUGAAAUUUUUAUCUACAUCCUAAGAUGGGUCACCAAACUUAUUGGCAAAAUUUGUGAUUUACCUCCAACCCACCCUAGCAGUUACUUUAUGACCAGUCCCUUAACCGAAUGUAAUAUUUUUAAAUUCAUUUUAGAGGCACUUAUGGAUUUCAUGCAACAUCUUCCGGUACGUAACAGUUAAUAUUUUUUUCUGUAUACAUUAUCUAACGUGUCACCUUGAAGACAAUUUAGUUACAUAUAUGGUUUAAAAGUAACCAACUGUUUUGUUCCUUAGGCGUUUGCAAGCAUGACAACGAACAUCAGACGUGAACUUUGUGCAGUGAUGUUGUUUGCUGUUGUGGAACAUGCGAAUGUUGUCGUUCUUAACGACGGUGACCAGGUAUGAACAUGUAUUUAUUUUGCUUAACUUGAUACACUAUUGGGCAGUCCACUAGACACGUAAAAAUCUCACAACUUGUCAACAAGAUGUACUGUGUUCGCAACAGGAUUGUAGCAAGCUUGUCAACAAAUUGUAACAACACUGUUUUUUUAUCAAGUUGCUACAAGGUUGUCACUUGUUGGACGACAACAAGUUUUUGGAACAACUUGUAAUAAGCAUGAUGUUUGUGAUGUUACUCUGAGUGUAUAGACCCAUUGCACAUGACGUCGUCACAGCGCCAGUAACGAUGCAUCUGGAGGACAAAUUAGCAAUCUAUGCAUAAUAUAACUUUUGUAAACAAAGCAAAUUUUGUAAAACUUUAUAAUAAUUUUGUAUUAAAAUGGUUAAUUUUUGCGCUGUAUGUGGUUGUUGUACCUGAACAGAUAUUGUUAGGGAGCAUCUGGAGGACACUCUAAGGAUUUGUGACGUCAGUGCAAUGGGUCUAUAUCCACACCGGGCAAGCUUGAAAAAUAUGCCUGGCCACUGGGAAUCGAACCUACGACCUUUGGAAUACUAGCCCAAUGCUUAGCCAACUGAGCUACGCGGUCAGGUCGGUUUGAGUAUGUGAUAUUUCGGAACUGAGUCUAGUUCCUUCGAUACCGUUAACAACUUGUCAACAAACUGGAAACAAGCAGUGCGACCUGUCUGCUGCAGGUUUGUUACAACUUGUGCGUUUUUACGUAUGUAGCUAGUGUUCAGAACUUCAGAGCAGGCUUUUUUCCAGCUUGUCAAAACUGACCGGACGUCCAAAAAGUAUCGUUGAAUGCUGAUGUGCAUGGCAACGUAUUUUCGUGGACGCCGUCAAAAAACAUUGCGCCUAAAAUCAAUUCCACGUAAUUGAGGUUUUCGGCACUUUUUUGGUCGGAAAAAUGUGGAAUUACGGUAAUUCCACGUCCCUUCGACCAAAAAAGUGCCAAAAAACCUUAAAAUAUCUCGGUGGUCAAGCAUUUCAUUCAGCGUUUGCGUAUUAAUGUUAUAUAUACAAAGAGAAUACUUAAUAACACAUUGAUUUAGGGAGACCUGAUAUUAAAUUUGCUGAUCAGAUUUUAUUUAUUGGUAGUUACUUGGGUGAAUAGAAUAUUUUUAAAAUUUCAACCUCUGAUUUGAGGUAUAUAAGAAAAAUUACAAAGCUUUGUAGUGUUUGUUUAAUUAAAGAACACAUUUUCUUAGGCCGUGAGGUGCAAGUAACGUCCCCUGGGCAUCGUCAUAUGCACUCUUGUUAUCUUGUUACCAUGAUAAAGUGGUUCAAAAUAUAAUGCCUUCACUUUCUUACAGCUUGAUUCCUGGUGUGUGAUACUGAACGGUUCAGUGGAAGUCCAGGUUGAAAGUCAGGAGCCAGUUACGUUACAUUUAGGAGAAAGUUUUGGAGUACAACCAACAUUGGAGCAAUACUAUCACAAGGGUGUCAUGACGACACGUGUGGAUGAUUGCCAGGUAUGAGGGGGUAUAUGGGAACAGUGGUUGACCGUGAUGGACACAUCUAUGUUGAAGCCCGCACGAAUACAGUACAUACCAUACUAUGCCAACUAUGGUCUAUAGUUCAGCAUGCUAUGUAUUCGCCCUGGGGUUGUUUGUUCAAUAGCGGGCUAGCUUAAUCCUAGGUGAACGUAAAUUGAAAGAAAACUUUCCAGCAAUUUAUUUAUAAAUUUGGAAAUAUUUUUUUCACAAAUCUUGUCAAGUAGUCAAAUAAUCGUUAUAUUUAAAAGAAUGCGUUUCGCAAUAUCAUACAGUACAUAUAAAGCUGGUUUUCCACAAAGCGAAUUUGUUUGUUAACUCGUGCUAUUUUCUUGCAGUUCGUGUGUAUCCCACAAUCAGAGUAUUAUCGUAUUUUGAGUCAAGGGGAAGAAAAUAUACAAGAGGUUACUGAGAAUGGCGAGGUUGUCGUGGUAACCGAGUAUCGCUCACUGGACGGCGGGAAUAGACAUGGUCACGUGGUCAUAAAGGUAAGAUAAAUGACUAAGCUGCUUGUACAUUUUUGGGUCCGUUUGAUCAUGC